GGAAGUAGAGAAGUUGGAAGAGUGCGCAGGGUCACGGCGCAUGUCCCUUCCUGCGACCGGUUAGACAUGGAGAGGAAAGUGCUGGCGCUCCAAGCUCGCAAGAAGCGGGCGAAAGGAAAAAAAGGCGUAAAGAAGCCAGAGCCGGUACCGCGCAGCUCUGCUCCCGAGCCUCAGUCAGACGAGCCCGAGGAGGAGGAAAUGCUGGGAUCUGAUGACGAGGAGCAGGAAGACCCUAACGACUACUGUAAGGGGGGAUACCACCAUGUGAAGAUCGGGGACCUCUUCCACGACCGGUACCAUGUUAUCAGGAAGCUGGGCUGGGGUCACUUCUCCACCGUGUGGCUGUGCUGGGACCUCCAGGCCAAACAUUUUGUGGCCCUGAAAGUGGUGAAAAGUGCAGAGCAUUACACUGAGACUGCCGUGGAUGAGAUCAAACUGCUCAGAGCCGUCCGGGAAACCGAUUCCAGUGACCCAGGGCACCAGAGGGUGGUGCAGCUCCUAGAUGACUUCAAAAUCUCUGGAGCCAAUGGCACGCACAUCUGUAUGGUCUUCGAGGUGCUCGGACACCACUUGCUGAAAUGGAUCAUCAAGUCCAAUUAUCAGGGACUGCCGCUGCCGUCUGUGAAAAGCAUCAUCCAACAGGUCCUUCAGGGCCUCGACUACCUGCACUCCAAGUGUAAGAUCAUCCACACCGACCUCAAGCCAGAGAAUAUCUUGCUGUGCGUCAAUGAUGUUUAUAUUCGACGUCUGGCCUCUGAUGCCACACAGUGGAUUCGUUCUGGCGGUCCUCCUCCUUCAGGAUCUGUGGUGAGUACAGCGCCCCAGCCCAAACCCUCCGUGAAGCUGUCAAAAAACAAAAAGAAGAAACUGAAGAAAAAGCAGAAACGCCAGGCAGAGCUCUUAGAGAAACGGGUACAAGAGAUAGGAAUGGAUGUUGAAGAUGAAGAAGAAGAAGAAAGCCUUCCCCAGUUCCAGGAUAAUGAUGGGAAGUUGGCACCUAAUGAGGGAUCGGAACUGAAUGCUAAUGGGUUACCUGAUGAAACCUCCCCAGAUGAGAGUGACUCUCAAACAAAUUCUAACAUAUUGUCCUCAAGUUUAAGCCUUCCCAGCGGAGACCUUUCCGGGCCAUCAGAUUCUGCUGCUUCUUCAUUAAAAUGCAGCCCUGAUGAAGGUCCCAACCCCAUUUUAGGUGACGGUAUGCUACAGCAACAAUCUACUGAUCAGCAGCUCGAUCAAAACAAUGCUGAGGAGGCAUGCCAACAGCAAAAAAGUGAUCUGACUGAAGGGACAGCAUCUGCCAAAAGGGACGACAUUGAGGAGAAAUCAACAGCAUCUGACUUCCUCUUAAAUCCUCUUGAGCCUCAGAAUGCAGAUAAAAUAAUGGUUAAAAUCGCAGACCUAGGAAAUGCUUGCUGGGUACAGAAGCAUUUCACUGAGGACAUUCAGACUAGGCAGUAUCGCUCACUUGAAGUUCUCAUCGGAAAUGGAUACAAUACACCAGCAGACAUCUGGAGUACAGCAUGCAUGGCUUUCGAGUUGGCAACAGGAGAUUACUUGUUUGAGCCUCACUCUGGUGAGGAUUAUUCUCGUGAUGAAGACCACAUCGCUCUCAUCAUUGAACUGUUGGGCCAGGUCCCACGCAAGCUUGUUGCAGCUGGAAAAUAUUCCAAGGAUUUCUUCACAAAAAAAGGAGACCUCAAGCACAUUUCAAAGCUCAAGCCUUGGGGCCUUACUGAUGUCCUCAGAGAAAAAUAUGAGUGGCUUGAAGAAGAUGCCACCAUGUUUACAGACUUCUUGCUGCCCAUGUUGGAACUAGUCCCUGAGAAACGGGCUACUGCAGCCCAGUGCCUCCGUCACCCUUGGCUGCAAUCUUAAACGAGGACGUGAUGUUCAAGCCUUUCUAUACGUUUUCAUAUUCAGUUAUGAUAAGGGCUA